UUAGACCACAAAAAGUAACUUCCGUGCCCGCCUGUAGCCUUCUGUUGACGUUUCUUUGCAGGGUUUCGUCUGUGUGGUAAACUGAGCAGGCUUCCUACAGUCACACACAUGCACGGCUAGCAGUGGUGCUUUCUGCAAUUUCAAAUUUUCCCACUUUUAUUCUUAAGAAUAGUAAGCGGCGACUGUGGUGGAUUACGGAGAUAAGAGAAACAACCCGAAGCAGCAUGGAGUAGAAAGAGCCAGUGAUUAAGAAGCUGACACAAGUUACAAAGAAGCAAGGACGGAUCUUGUUAGUCACAGACCGGGAAAGUCAGAGUAGCCUUUUUUUUUUUUUUCUUUUUUUUUUUUUUUGUAUAUUUUGAGGUUUUUGUUCCUCUUGGAGUUACCCCAGUUGCCUUGGUGUUCUCAUCUUCAUUGCAAAGCUGUGUCAAUGGCUCUGAUGGACAAACACAAAGUAAAGCGACAGCGUUUAGAUCGCAUCUGUGAAGGCAUUCGCCCACCGAUUCUGAACGGCCCGAUGCACCCCAGGCCCUUGGUGGCGCUGCUGGACGGGCGAGACUGCACGGUGGAGAUGCCCAUUCUGAAAGACGUGGCCACCGUCGCGUUCUGCGACGCUCAGUCUACACAGGAAAUACAUGAAAAGGUCCUCAAUGAAGCAGUGGGUGCCAUGAUGUACCACACCAUCACACUAUCCAGAGAUGACCUGGACAAAUUCAAAGGCCUGCGCAUCAUUGUCAGGAUCGGCAGUGGUUUUGACAACAUUGAUAUCAAAGCAGCUGCUGAGUUAGGGAUUGCAGUGUGUAACAUCCCCUCGUCCUCGGUGGAGGAGACGGCCGACUCCACACUGUGCCACAUCCUGAACCUGUACCGGCGGGUCACGUGGCUGCACCAGGCCAUGCGAGAGGGCACCCGCGCCAGCAGCGUGGAGCAGAUCCGCGAGGUGGCAGGGGGAGCGGCGCGCAUCCGGGGAGAGACGCUCGGCAUCAUCGGCCUGGGGCGGAUUGGCCAGGCAGUGGCUCUGAGGGCGAAGGCGUUUGGAUUCAGCGUGAUUUUCUACGACCCCUAUCUUCCAGACGGGGUGGAGAGGUCCCUGGGCCUGCAGAGAAUGAGCACCCUGCAGGAUCUGCUAAUACACAGCGACUGCGUGUCGCUGCACUGCUGCCUGAAUGAGCACAACCACCACCUCAUCAACGACUUCACCAUCAAACAGAUGCGGCAGGGGGCGUUCCUCGUGAACACUGCCCGGGGAGGCCUGGUGGACGAGAAGGCCCUUGCUCAGGCACUGAAAGAGGGCAGGAUACGAGGGGCGGCGCUUGAUGUUCACGAAACCGAACCUUUCAGUUUUUCUCAGGGUGCUUUAAAAGACGCCCCAAACCUGAUCUGUACUCCUCACACAGCCUGGUACAGUGAGCAAGCAUCCAUCGAGUCGCGAGAGGAGGCUGCCAAAGAGGUCCGCAGAGCCAUCACAGGGCGCAUCCCAGACAGUCUAAAGAACUGCGUUAAUAAGGAGUAUCUGAUGGCAGCAGCUCAGUGGCCAACCAUGGACCCAGCCAGCGUACACCAAGAGCUCAACGGAGCUUCAGCAUACAGGUUUCCAGCAGGAAUGGUCGGUGUCACAGCAGGGGGGCUCCCAGCUGCAGCAGUGGAGGGGAUGGUAGCAGGAACCCUGUCAAUCUCACACGGGAUCCCCCCCAGCCACGCCCCCUCACCCGGACAGACCGUCAAGCCUGAGUCCGACAGAGAAAUUCCAGCGGACCAAUAGCAACGCACCAAAACCACAUUCCUCACCCUCGCCACCUCUAACAGGCAAUUACUGACUUACCCUUUUAAAACAAAAAAAACAUCUGAACAUUUUCUCUGCAGUUCUGUUUGACUUGUUUUUAAUUUCUCAAUGAUUACUUCACAUUCUGUUUGUUGCUUUAAGUGGUAAGCAUUAAUUGCCUAUUAAAGGACUUUUUUUCUCAUUUUAGAUACUUUUUUUUUUUUUGGUGUGCAGUAUUAAGUGCUGGGAACUUUGCACAGAUCACCUCAUUUAAAACAGAACAGUGUGCUUUUAUAGUGACAUGGAAAAUACAAUCAAAGGAAAUGCUUGGCCACUACUAAUCUUUUUAAUUAACAUAGUAAGUAAAAAAAAAAAAAAAAUAUAUAUAUAUAUAUAUAUAUAAUAUAUAUAUAUAUAUAUAUAUAAAAUCUCCAAACCACAAUCCUUACUUUUUGAAUGGGUAGGCACUUGUCAUAGUAUUUCUGAUUCCUUCUUAAAAAACAUGAAUGUGCACCAAAUUAAAAAAAAAAAAAAGCAACAACAGAAGCUACCUUUAGGAAGUUUGUGUGUUUUGAUAUAUAUACAUACACACACACACACACACACACUUCCUCUCAGCUUCGCUCCCCUAUCCUUGUGUUUCCUCCAAUAAAAAAAUAUUUCUCCGAGCACAGUUCCUCAAUCCUGUCAAUAUGGGAUGAUCUUUGUGCCCUCUGGGUUACAGCACACAGACUGCACGACAAAACCCUGUGAUCAUUUACAUUUUAAAAGGUGUCUUGUACCCUGUAUUCAUAACGUUUUGUUUAGCUGCAAUCAGAAACCUCUAGGAGUGUCACACUGGGUUUGUAUCGGAAUAUAUUUUCAAACAGGAACUGAGGAAGAAAAUGAGUGUCCCUGUCCCUACUUGUUUGAGCGAUUAUGUUUUGUUGACGAGGGGAAGGGAGUUUCUUAAUUGUUACUGUAUAGGAUUUGCAGGAGAAAAACUAUUUUGCAGUGUUUUAUAUUCAGGUAUUUCCUUUUAUUGUUUUUGAUCAAAUGUUUUUUUUUUUUUUUUUUCUAGUAUUGUGGAAAAUACUGAAAAUGGAUUUUAAUGAUCUGAUUUAGAAUUUGUUGAUUUGGUGACAUUCCUAGAAGUGUCUGCGGUGGUGACAAAUUUUGAUUUUAGUACUCGAUUCCAUAUGGCAAACUCAGACAGCAAAAAUUGCAGUUCCUGCUUUGGCUCUUGCAGACGGUGGUAUAUACGUUUAUUCUCCUUUGGCAGAGGCAUUGAAGGGCCACAGUAAACUCCAGCCAAUACAGGGGCAAGCCCACAAGGCAGAAGAAUGUAAAGCAUCUCCUCCUCAGAAAUUUGAAAAUCCUUGGCAGCUGCCAGACAGUUCAGUGACAUAUAUGUAGUGCCUGCCUACUGUAAAUGGAUUAGGCACUACAGAGGUUUUACACCUACUUUUAAAGACUGGCUUCCCAAUCUGUACCACAAGAGGGCGCCAGCAGCAAAGUAUAUGUAGACAUCCAUAGCAAAUAUUUUAGGAUUGUUAUGUAGUGCUUGGCUGCUGAAUUUGGUUAAGAAAGUAGCAGUACAAAUGCUUCUAAAUCCGGGUUCCAGGAGCAGUGAGAUUGAUCAUCUCUCAAAUUCACCGAAGCUGAAAACUACCUUGAAUAAUUGGAACCAGGUGAGGGGUACAGGACGGAUGCACACCAUGAAGCAGGCUUGUGAUUCACAGCAAUUGUAACAAUAAUUGACGAAGAUCAAUCCAGGGCCAUGCAGGCAUGUCUUGUAGAAUGAAAGAAUUGUCUGGUUUCCUUUCCGUGAUUCUGCAGGCAAACCAUUCAUUUUAUAAAAAAAAUAAAUAGAGACAAAACAAAAUCACUGCUUCUUGAAUUUACAGGCUUGUAAAAAAAAAAAAAAUUCCAAGGACUGUAGGUGUUAACGCUGAGGAGGAGGGUGUUUAAGAUGUUUAAACGGAAACAUGUCAUCCAGCAAUGGGCUUUCCAAUAUUUCAGUGUUCAGAAUUCUUAAUCUGCUGCUUGUAGCUGUGCUCCAAGUGAAAGGGGUUUGGGAUUCAAUUCUAGCUUUUAUUAAAGCCAUUUUUUUAUUAUUAUUAUUAGCAACAAAGAUGUAGGCCAUGCUUUGCCUCUCAGAUGCUCGCUAAAGUAAACAGACACCCAUUUUAAAGGGACUUGUUUGGGAUGAGGAAUGGAAAUGGGGUGCCUCUGUAUGUAGAGUUUAUAGAUCUUGAGAUCUUCAGGGGUGUUUUGUUCUUCUCUUUAAACAGCAUAUUUCCAAAGACUCAACAGCACCCUGUCAUUGUUACUGGCAGUGACGAACUUUUGAGUUUUACAAAAUUAGGUCUACCAAGCUUUCAAAGUUCAGCCCCUAAGUAAUAAUGUGCAGGAGUGGCUUUACUGUGACUUUGAAAUGACUGGCAGAGGUCUGAAACAAAGCUCUGCUGCUUUCAUUCAUGAUCAUGUAAUGGGCGAGGAUCGCUGUAGGAAGAGUUCCUUGCCAAAGGAGGAAUGAAUGUGUAUAAGAGGUUCUUUACUGUGAAUUAACUGCUCUGUGACCUAGGAAUACCUUUGUAGUACCUCAAGACCUGAUAUUGAAUGUACUCUUGCUUUUUCUCUGUGUACAGUUUUUUAAAUUCUACAUAGUACUUUACUAUACAAAAAAAAAGAGAGAUCCAAACUAAGACAACACGUCAUACUUUUUAAAUACAGAAGAAAAUAAACACUUUAGGUAUAUCAUAAAACUUAAGAAAAAAAAAAUCUCAGGCUUAAAAACAAUACGAUUACGUUAUAUUUUAUUUUUAUAUAUAGCUUUGGCUUUCAAUAACCAGCGAUCCCCUCUUCCCUGUUCCCAAGUCCCAUGAGAGAGAAGUUAUGCAAGGUUUCCAUUUAAGUCUUACCUUUCCCAACUUAUUAAAAUGAUCCAAAAGGCCCAUUCUCUGUACCUGGGGCGUACACAUGAAUCCAGGCAGCUGUGCCAUUACCUUCUUUAAAUGCUUGCAUACAUGAUGUAUAAUGGGAUAUCUGAUAGCAGCUGAAAAGGUUAGCCGUUUUAGUAGAUUUGCGCUUGCUGGUGCCUUCAGGGCUGUUUGACAAGCGCGUGUCUGAAUUUUGGGAAGGUGGAAUGUCUAAAGUAGCAGUCGCAGCACUAAACAAGCUUGUAGUUUUUAAUUCUAGCUUGAUUGAACCAAGUCAUUUUGUUAUAUAUGAGAGAUAGUUAAAAGGCAUUACAUUGAGAUUUGUUUAAAAAAAAUGGAUUGAUAGAAACAAUUAAACCUGGAUUUAAUUAAAGUUAAUUCAACAGUAAUUUUAUAAAGAAAAUCAAGUGGUUAGGAAGGGGUCUGAUUAAUUCAGCUGUGUAAAUUUCAGAUACGAAAUGACAUGAACUGCUGUUGGGAUGAAAGGAUUAAAGGUCACCGAUUCUAGAAAAUAUAGUGUACAGAAAAUGCAAUUAGCACACCGUCUUUAUUUAACGUAAUUCUAUAUCAGCAAUGACCUGGCCUCCACACACCCCUUGUAUCUACCUGUCCUUAACAAACGUGUGAGCUGAUCGUGCUGAAAUACCUUGGAGGGACUUGAACUUGGGCUCUCAUGUGUACCAUGAAAUGUCGUUUUUGUUUCUUGUUUUGUUUUUUUUCUUUCUGUUUCUAUUUGGAAUAGGUGUGAUAGAUACAUGAUUGUGUUAGUGAUGUGGAUUAGAAAAUCAAAUUGAAUGGUGACUUGUAACAUGAACAUUUUGUAUGUUUUUACAUGCUGUUUUGAAACAUUUCAUUAAGUUUUUCAAAUUUUUUCAGAUGACCUUUGAUAAAUGUGAGUUAAAAGAAAGAUGCACGAAUCCAUCCUCAACUUGAUGGCAUAUUGACAGCUGUCAAUCAAAGAUUCUGCAUGGAGUGCUCUUAUUAAAUCCAUUGCUCACUGUCCUUAAAAGGGACAACUUUCCAAAGCCAAUAAAAAUGUGUGGCAACUUUGAGAGGCAUGACCAUAUUACUUAAAUAGUAGAAAUCUGACCAUACAAAAACAAUCCAACUUUUGAGUAGCUUUUCUCUAACUGCAAAAACAAAUGCAAUCUAUACAGUAUCAUCAUCACAUUCUCUUACUCUCUACAGUGCUGCAAAUGCAGUGCUACUUCCUGAGUACUGGCCGCCGUUGGGGUUGAAAGGCAUGCCCAUGCUCGGGGGAUAGCCCAGCCUCUGGAUCUGCCGUCAGGUAUAUUUUAAGAACAUCAUCUCUGAAGUUUACCAGACCAGCACAAGUCACUAUUGUAAUCCCAGUUGAUGGCUGACUGGGAAGCUGUGUCAUUUCAGUCCCGGGCUGUAGAGUGUUUAGCUUCAUAUAACAAGAAAAAAAAAGAAAUAUGGAAACCACAUGAAAAGCUAUUGACGUUUUGAAAUGUAUUUUUACAGCAUGUGAACAUAGUGUUAUUUUUUUUUCUUUUUUUAAAUUAUUUUAAUUUCAAAUGUCUGACUGCAAAACUUGUUUUCUGUUCUCUUUUAGGCUCUUAAGGAUGAUUUUUUUUUUCUUUUUUUGUGUUAGAAACAAUCAUGUUUGUGAUGGUAACUACCGCUAUAAAAUAUUUUAAUAAAAAUCUUAAAGCCUA